GAGUGUGAGGAAGACAGUGUGUAGUGUAGAGAGAGGGGGAGUAAGAAACACACUUGGUGAACUGUGCAGACACACAAGCAGAAAUCUGUGAGGACUUGAAACAGCCUGAGGAGAUCAAGAGGAGCAGAGGAGGCACAAACGGAUACUCGGCUGUAAAAGAUGGAGGUCUACACUGUUACAGUAGCAACUGGUGUGUCUGAGUACUCUGGUACCAACAACUACAUCUUUGUGACUCUGGUGGGAGAGAAAGGGGAGAGUGAGCGCACUCUGCUGGACAACCCUGGACUGGACUUCUGUCGUGGAGCCGUGGACCAGUACAAGGUGGCCGCUUCGUCCCCUGUAGGCUCAUUGCUACUGGUCAGACUGGAGAAAGAAAGGUACUGGGUGGAAGACAACUGGUUCUGUUGCUAUGUCACAGUGGAGACUCCAGGUGGAGACAAACUGACUUUCCCCUGUUACCGAUGGUUUGUAGGAGAUGUCAAAGUGGAGAUAAGAGAGGGAAAAGCUAAGACACUGAAGGACGACUCCUUACCACAGCUACUUUCACACAGGAAGACAGAGCUACAGCAGAGACGGAACAUUUACCGAUGGAUAACUUGGGCUCCAGGGAUCCCCAGAUGUGUUGACGCUAAAACAGAAGCAGAUUUACCACAAGACGCACGCUUUGAAAAUGAAAAGAGGAGUGACUUUGAACAUUCCUUGCAAUAUGCAUUGCUGGAGUUGUCCCUGAAGAAGUUUGUCAUUACCUUUGGAAAGUCCUGGACUGACCUGGACGAUUUUAAACGGAUCUUCUGGAAGCUCAAAAGUCCAUUAGCUGAGUACUGUAUGGAGCACUGGAAGGAGGACUGGUUCUUUGGCUACCAGUGUUUGAAUGGCUCCAACCCAAGGAUGAUCCAGAAGUGCAAUAAGCUGCCAGAGAACUUCCCUGUGACAUCAGACAUGGUGCAGAGCUCCAUGCCUCCCAGGACCAACCUGGACAAAGAACUCAAGAAGGGUAACAUCUUCUUGUUAGACUACGCCAUCAUGGAUGGGAUUCCCAGCAACAUCAUCAAGGGUAAACCUCAGUACAUCGCUGCUCCUCUCUGUCUACUCUACCAACAUCCAGAUAAAGGACUCAUACCUAUUGCUAUACAGCUGGAGCAGACUCCGGGCCUGAACACGCCAAUAUUCCUACCCAGAGACCCGUCCCUCAGCUGGCUGUUGGCUAAGAUGUGGGUGCGUCACGCUGAGUUUCAGGUGUUCCAGUUGCUGUCUCACCUGCUCAGGACUCACCUGGUGGUGGAGGUGUUUUGUUUGACUACUCUGAGACAGCUUCCCGCUGUACACCCUAUAUAUAAGCUCCUGGCCCCUCAUCAGCGCUACACCCUUGAGAUCAAUACUAGGGGGCGCACUCAGCUCAUCUCCGCUGAUGGCAUCUUCAAACAGGUUGUGUCCACAGGUGGUGACGGCUUGUUGAUUCUGGCUCAGAGAGAGUACAAGGUGCUGACCUACCGCUCCCUUCAGCCCUGCCAUGACUUUAGUGACAGAGGAGUGUCCCAGCUUCCAAACUAUUUCUACAGAGAUUACAGUCUGAUGCUGUGGGAUGCCAUACACAGUUUUGUCUCGGGUAUGGUUAACCUCUACUACCAGUCAGAUAAGGAGGUGGAGCAGGACCUGGAGCUCCAAGCCUGGUUUAGAGAGCUGUCACAGGAAGGCUUCACUGAGCUCCCCAGCUUUGGUUUGCCCAGUCAUCUCAGUAGCAGAGAGGUGCUGUCUACUAUGCUGGCAGUGGCCAUCUUCACCAGCUCAGUCCAGCAUGCUGCCACAAACAAUGGACAGUUUGAUUGGUGUGCGUGGGUCCCCAACACGCCCUGCACCAUGAGACAUCCGCCGCCAACAGACAAGGAUGCUGUUACCAUGGAGAUGAUCAUGGAGACACUUCCUGAUGUCAGACAGUCCUGUUUGCAGAUGGCUAUCUCGUGGCACCUGGGGCGUGUACAACCAGAUGCUAUUCCUUUGGGCCAAUACAAGGAGGAGCACUUUACUGAGGCACCGGCCCUGGAGCUGAUCGACAGCUUCAGAGCAGAGCUUGUGAAAAUUGAACAGCAAAUCCUCAGUGAGAAUGAAGGAGUGGAACUGCCGUACCUCUUCCUCCUGCCCAGCCGUAUAGAAAACAGCAUCACUAUUUAGAGGAACCCACGGGCUGCAACAUUCAGGAGCUGAUGUUACUUUGACAGUCUUUAAUGUAAAGACAAGAUAAACAAAUGUGAUACCAAGUGGUGAAGUGAGAAAGAUGAAAGUUUGAUUUUGAUGGAUGCUGAUUUUUUUAAAGAAAAAAGUUGUCAAAUAACAAGAAUAAGGUCAUAAUAUAAUUUCAUACUGAAGUCAUCUGUUUCGUGAUGGAGGUUUGUUGCUCUUUGUUCAAACAGAUUAGCUAUGUGCACAGCUUAUUCUCCUAUUGCGUCUUGUUUGGUGUUGUUUAUUAGAUUGGAUGACUGAAGUCUGAAGAAACAAGACACACAACAGCCUGGCACCUCCUCCUCAUGCUGGUCACCAGCAUUGGCUGAUUAUUUCCUUACUCUUUGUGCUAAGUUUAUAUAUACAUAUCAGAUGUAAAAUAAAUAUAUCAAAAAUA